AUGGUGACUUAUACAGCGGUGUUGGAAACAAGACUGCGUACGCAAGACAGUCCCCUGGCCGAUAUAGGACUGGAUCUGAAUAGAUCAGAUGGAGAGCAACCGGAAGUGGCCGAAAUCCAGCUCGACCUCUCAGAAGAUACAUUUUCCUUCCUUUCAAUGAUGUCACCAAAUAAUACCAGCUCCCCUGAAGCACUUCUAGCUGGCACAACCAGUGGCGCAGUUCCCAAAUUGACACAAGCGGAGCUGAAUCAACUUUACUUUGAUCGAGUAUAUCCUUUUAUUCCCAUUCUGCAGCAAGGCCGCUACUUUUCCUGGGCAAAGCAGCGCUCGCCGUCCAGAUCGCACUUAUGUCUGAAGUAUGCAGUGUGGACUAUGGCAGCCUCCUUAUCUUCUCAGUUUCAGCAUAUGCGGGAUGGUCUAUACCACGACACACGUCAGAUGCUCGAAUCAUUAGAGAAUGAGGAUCAACACCAAGAAGAUGCCUUUUACCUCCAACAGGCCCAGACUUGGAUUCUACUCGCCGUUUACGAAUUCAUACAGAAGACAUUCCGACGCACCUGGGCAAGUACCGGCCGAGCGCUUCGUCUAGCCCAAUUACUCAAAUUGAAUAGCAUUGAUCCGCUCGAGAAUUUCAACGACGUAUCUAGCAGUUUAUACGCGACCGAUGCCGAGACGGAAGAGAAGCGACGAACAUUCUGGAUGAUGUACUGUCUGGAUCGCUUAUUGUGCAUCCUGAAUAACUCGCCACUAACUGUGGAUGAACAUGCUAUUACCACACGACUUCCCUCCUCGGAAGUGGAUUUCCAAAGCGGCAACCCCGUCUUAGCCCCUUUCUUGUCUGAUGUCAUAUUAUGUGCGACGGAUGUGAGCAUUCAGAACCCAUUUAGCGAGUGCAUCAUUUUCAGCACGCUGUGGGGGCGAGUAUUGAGCCAUCAGAAACAAUACUGUGUCAAGCAGGCAUGUGGGAGCCCGAUAACCGAGUUUUGGGGUCGCCAUCUAUGGCUCGAUAACCUACUCACGCAGCGAAUCCAGCUGCAUCAAAUUAUGCCCAACCUCGACUGGAUGGACCCCAUGCUACUUUUUACGAGGAUGAUUGCCCAGGCCGCUGUGCUCUCACUGAGAAAAGCCACACAGCUUAUUGCAUGGCAAGCCCAUGAUUACGGAGAUAUGCUGGGGCACUGUGAGCAAAAGGCAGAAAAUGCGGCACGAGAGAUCGCGCGACUCUCCCAAUACUUGUCCCAACUCAAUUUCCUCAAGAUUCAUCCCUUUAUAUCUAUCCCUCUUUUUCUCGGUGGGGAGUUCUUUAUCCACCAGAAAGGAGCGGACAUUUACUCUGCCAGGCUGGGUUAG